AUGCUGUGGGAAGCAGAAAUGCUUCAGAAGCAUCUGUACUGCUUUCUGUACCGCUUCAACCUGGGAACUUGGUAAAACUUCCUUUGUAGGCCAAAGCUAUUUUAGCAAUAACAUGGGCUAUAAAGCUAAACAUAACAAUAGUAUACAGUGGUACCUCGGGUUACAGACGCUUCAGGUUACAGACUCCGCUAACCCAGAAAUAGUACCUCAGGUUAAGAACAGUUUCAGGUCAAGCACGGACCUCCAGAACGAAUUAAGUUCUUAACCUGAGGUACCACUGUAUUGGCAGAUGAGUGCAGAGCUCAUCAGGAAUCCAUUGAUACUCAUAUAGAAUACAAUCUCCCAGCUUUGCAUAUCUCACUCUUCCUCGCCUUCAUGUGAAUUCUACCUUGAGCCUUAACAUUUAGUCAGGGGCUGCAUUCAACAUUGCAGUCCUGCUUUGAGACAUCAAACAGCUGUGCAGUUUCCAUUUAACCAACAUGGUGGCUUGUAUCUGAGGCAGGUGAAGAAACUACAGAUUGCAGGGAUGUAGCCUAGAGCCACUUCCAUCCAGCUCCAGGUAGAGUGAGCAGCAAGCUGUCUUCUCUUUCAUUCGAGGUCACUGAAGAAUGGUCAAUAAACAGCCCCAUCUCUCAUGAAAAAUGAAUUCUUAGAAUCCUCUCUAAGCCGGGAGAAUGAGCUCUUGUCUUUUUUUAGCAGCAGCCUUCCAUGGUUAAGCGUCUUUUGAAUGUACUGCCUUGUUUGUAUUAGGUGUCCAUGGAAAGUUGAGAUGUUCCAGAAGCAUCCAUUUUAUGCUAGGCUUCAAGCACGAGGACAAGAAUUUUGCAGGGUGAUUUUGAUGGUUAGAGAGAAAAGGGAACAUGGGGGCUUUCCCACCACAUAGAAGAACAAGCAGGCAGCAGCCACAGAUUUGGGUUCCAAAGAGAUGCUUUUGCAAAUUAAGGCUCCCUCACCCCUCCCUUCUUUUUUCUAGUGGGUUAAUGUUACCCAUUGGGCAGCAAAGAUUAGAGAAGAGAACUCAGCAACAGACCUUCGCCACAGCCAUUAAGGACCAGGCCCCCUUGGCUCAGCAAUACUGCAUUAUUGCCUAUAUCCAAAACUAUUACAUGGUAAGCAACAGCUGUUCAUCUGCUGUGAAUUCUGUGUUAUUUGAAGUGUCUUCUGUUCUAACUAUGUGAUUUCUAUGCAUCAGAGGAGCUCAGCUUCUGGAUCUUGAAGUAGAGCAAAGUUUUAUCUGGGAACCAGACAUUUAUUCUAGUGCACAAAUCAACUCCACCUGAAGUUGUCAGCUAAAAGCAAUAAGGUCUUUUAGAGUAAUAUGUCAAGGGGCAAAUGCUUUGGGUGCCAGAGAAGUCCUUGCACCAGUAGUUAGCCAUUCCUGUUUUAAACAAGCCACCUAAAGAGAACAAGAUGAAAAAUCCACAGAUAAAUGUAUGGAGCAAAGUAUUUGCCUAGUAUGUUUCUUUAGAUGACAUUGAACUAUUACGACUGCAGUCCUAAAAAUGUUAUGAGGGAUUUAAGUCGGUUUAGACCUGUUUACUAAAUGGGACUGGCACCCUUCAACAUUAGUGCUGGUGUCAUGUGCUUGGAAUUCCAAAACUGGCAUUAUGUGCUAUUACGUGAUGUUGCACUGCUAUGGCAAUGGGACAGCUCUUAGGAUCAUACCACAAGCCUGUUUAUAUCAUGAGAGUGAGGGUGGAAGGAACCUGGGUUUACCUCCAUCUCUGCCUUAAAUAAAUCACUCUCUCUCAGCCUCAGAUCCCUAUUUGUUAAAUUAAGAGGGCACUGGCCAAAUCAGUGCCCCCCAGUUGAUGUUACACAACAAUUCCCAUCAUCCCUGACAUUGGUCAUAUUGGCUGUGGAAGAUGGGAGUUGGAGUCCAACAAUAUCUGGAGGACCCCAUGUUGACUAUCCCUUGUUAUAAAGAAUAGCUGCGAGCUGUAUCAAUUCCAAGCAGUAGCAGAAGAAGAAAUGUAAGUCUAAAUACCUAAUCUAGUUAAACACUCUGGCUUUAAAUGAUAUUCUCCAUGCCCCACAACCUUUACAGAUCAGUCUAAAGUCUGUUUCUUGCAUUUCAAAAUUCCUGUAUAUACAGAAUUACCGCGGUGGGCAGGGUUUGCGAUCUGGUGUGGGCUUCCCAAGCCUGGGUGACACCCCAUCGCUGACUGGCCAUCACUCCGCCUCCUUUUUGGCUGGCCAAUCAGCGGCUGACUGGGAGGUGGGGUGAGGGCCAGGCUCCUGCCGGCCAUCUCCUCAGUUGGUAUUCAUUGUCUCUGAUUGUCUAUGCAAUUCAGCAAACAAAACUAUUGAUGUUAAUGGUUUUAUUUAUAUCUAAUUCUGUGCUUGAAUGUAUAAUGGUGUACACAUGCAACAAUUGCACAUUCUGAUCUACAUGUAGGUUCCCCAUUCAUUCCUAUGUGACACUGCCUUCAGUGUAGGAACGGAAUACCUUGUGAAACUGCUUGAAAGGUGUGCCACAGAAUAGUAGCAACAAGACAAAAGUUGUCUACAUAAUCCUACAUAACACAACCCAAAUGGUUUGAGCAAGUUCAUUCAUCUAUGGAUCAGGGUACUCGCUAUUAUCUUAGAAGUGAUCGAAACUUUGCUGAAUAAUUUACUUUUAAUCAAGCAGUUCUAAAUUUAGCGUUUUUUUAAAUCCUUCACAGUCUCCUAAAUCAUUGAAUACCUUACAAAACUCUAUUAGAACUAUUACUGUGUUUUAAUUAAUCACAUUUCAAGUAUCUAUUACAGCCUUACUGAAAAGGGAAAAAUAGAUCUAAGGAGCCUCUAACUGUAAAAUGUUGUGAAUGAUACUAGGCUCUUAUGCAUAAAAGUUAGUCUUAAAAAAAUAACAAUUACAUUAUACAGAGACAGAAAAUGAUAAUAUUUUAGUAGAUUUUAUCCUGUAUUAUGUGUUAAAUGGCACUAGAAUAGGCUGCAGUUGCUGCUCCAGGCCCAGGCAGCAUGCAGCCAACAGGGCCUCAAGAGAGGAGAUAAAUAAGACGCAGGAUAACAGGACCUGGGUUCAAAUAGGCCACAACUUUUGUUUAUUACAGAUGUAUGUAGAUUUUGGUGAAGGCAUUGGGUGUGUAUCCUGAAUCAGCCAGCCCACCUGAUAGCUGAUUGUUUCGGCUGGGUUGACACUGGGUUAUGAGUCACUCCAUGAUGUACAUCAAAUAGGGCAAUUCCUCCAGGACUGCCAUUUUGGGAGGGUGCUAUGGCCUGUUGACCCCCGUCUGGACACCUGGACAAACCCCCCCCCUCCUAGACGCUUUCAGCAGAGUACCAAUUUCCUGUUGUGGAGGGGGACGAGUCCUAAGCCCCUGCCCAGGCUGAGAAUCCAACCUAAUGUUUUAUCUGCCAACAAUAAAUUGUGACAGUUGCUAUGACACAGGCAAAACUUCAAGACAAGCUCAAUCCAACUCUGACUGAGCUGGUUGGCUCAGGCGUGGCCCAAUUAUAUAGAAAGCUGGUGGACCUGACUGAAGGUUCCAGGCCAAAGUCUCCAGCCAUGUCCACCACUAUGGCCAUACCCCUUUGUCUGCUCAUGAUUGGUUGAUUCAACUGAGCAGGCUCCCAGCAGCCCAUACAACCAUAGGAGGCACUGAUGUUCUCAAACAGUUGCGUGGGACAGAACAGUGGCCCCUAGCUCGUUGCGGUCACACUGGGCUAUAAACCACCGCUCCCUAGCAUUAGAUGGUAAGUGGCCAUUUUUCAUUAUAUGGUAAAGAAGGUUCUAAAGUUCUGAUUAUUUAAUUAAAAAAUAAAUUUCACAGGAUAUCUCAAUAAAGAAGCACUUGGUAAACAGCCUGCAAUUUGCUCUUGAAAUGCCCCCCUCCCAAAGCAGGAUUCAACCUAUCUCCAAGCGUUCAGGUGAGGGCGAUAAAGUCGCUGGGAAGUGA